GUUUAAAACCAGGGCAGCGCAAAGUUUUAUUCACUUGCUUUAAGAGAAACGAUAAACGUGAAGUGAAGGUUGCUCAGCUGGCUGGUUCUGUGGCUGAAAUGUCAGCUUACCACCAUGGGGAGCAAGCAUUAAUGAUGACUAUUGUCAACUUGGCUCAGAACUUUGUGGGAAGUAACAAUGUCAAUCUGCUGCAACCUAUUGGUCAGUUUGGCACCAGGCUCCAUGGUGGAAAGGAUGCUGCCAGCCCUCGCUAUAUUUUCACCAUGUUAAGCCCUUUAGCGAGGCUGCUUUUUCCAUCAGUGGACGACAACUUGCUUAAAUUCCUUUAUGAUGACAACCAACGUGUAGAGCCUGAAUGGUAUAUUCCCAUCAUUCCUAUGGUUUUAGUAAAUGGAGCUGAAGGAAUUGGUACCGGAUGGGCAUGCAAACUUCCAAACUAUGACACCAGAGAGAUUGUAAACAAUGUCAGACGAAUGCUGGAUGGCUUAGAUCCCCACCCAAUGCUCCCAAACUACAAAAACUUUAAAGGAACCAUUCAGGAACUUGGUCAAAACCAGUAUGUAGUCAGUGGUGAAAUAUUUGUGGUGGACAGAAACACAGUAGAAAUUACAGAGCUUCCUGUAAGGACAUGGACCCAGGUGUACAAAGAACAGGUUCUAGAGCCUAUGUUGAAUGGGACUGAAAAAACUCCAGCAUUAAUUUCUGACUAUAAGGAAUACCACACUGAUACAACUGUAAAAUUUGUUGUGAAGAUGACAGAAGAAAAGCUUGCACAGGCAGAAGCUGCUGGAUUGCACAAAGUCUUUAAGCUUCAAACAAGUCUUACUUGUAAUUCUAUGGUGCUGUUUGAUCACAUGGGAUGUUUAAAGAAGUAUGAAACUGUGCAAGACAUCUUGAAGGAGUUCUUUGAUUUGAGAUUACAUUAUUAUAGUUUACGCAAGGAAUGGCUGGUGGGAAUGUUGGGUGCAGAAUCCACCAAGCUCAACAAUCAGGCUCGUUUCAUUCUGGAGAAAAUACAAGGGAAAAUUACUAUUGAGAACAGAUCAAAAAGGGAUUUGAUUCAGAUGUUGGUCCAGAGAGGUUAUGAAUCUGAUCCAGUAAAAGCCUGGAAAGAAGCACAGGAAAAGGCAGCAGAAGAGGAGGACUCACAGAAUGCAAAUGAUGAUGCUUCCUCUGCUUCUGGCUCAACUUCUGGCCCUGACUUUAACUAUAUCUUAAACAUGUCUCUGUGGUCACUCACAAAAGAGAAGGUGGAAGAGUUAAUUAAGCAGAGAGAUUCCAAGGAGAGAGAACUAAAUGACCUUAAAAGGAAAUCUCCUUCAGAUCUCUGGAAAGAAGAUUUAGCUGCCUUUGUCGAAGAGCUUGAAAAAGUAGAAGCACAGGAAAGAGAAGAUGUUUUGGCUGGCAUGGUUGGCAAGCCAAUAAAGGGCAAAGUUGGUAAACCCAAGAUGAAGAAACUGCAGCUGGAAGAGACUAUGCCAUCACCAUUUGGCAGAAGAAUAGUUCCACAGAUUACAUCUGCCAUGAAAGCUGACGCCAGUAGGAAACUGCUGAAAAAGAAAAAGGGUGAAACUGAUUCUCUAGCAAUAAAAAUGGAAUUUGAUGAAGAAUUUGGUGGUGUGCCAGCUGAGGGUGGUGGGGACGACUCACUGAAUGCAUCAGCUGCAGCAACUAAAACCCCUAAACCUAAGAGAGAGAAGAAGGAGCCUGGUACCAGGGUAAGAAGAACACCAUCAGCUACAAAAUCCAGUGCAAAGAAAGUGAAGAAACGAAACCCAUGGUCAGAUGAUGAAUCCAAGUCUGAAAGUGAUUUAGAAGAGAAUGAGCCUGUGAUUAUUCCAAGAGACUCUCUGCUUAGGAGAGCUGCAGCUGAGAGGCCCAAGUACACUUUUGACUUCUCAGAAGAAGAAGAUGAUGCCGAUGAUGAUGAUGAUGCCAACAAUAAUAAUGAUUUGGAUGAGCUCAAAGUAAAAUCUUCUCCAGUUACAAAUGACAGAGAGGAUGAAUUUGUUCCCUCGGACAGUUUAGAAAAAGAUGAAUAUGAUUUCUCCCCAGCCAAAUCAAAGCCAUCUCCAGAAAAAAUGUCUCAAGACAAGAAAAACCAAGAUUUUGGGAACAUCUUCUCUUUUCCAUCUUACUCUCAGAAGACAGAUGAUGAUACAACAAAAUUGGACAGUGAUGAUGAGGAUUCUGCUCCUGUUUUCUCAUCAUCUUUUACCCCAAAACAAACAGAGAAAAUUCCAAGUAAAACAGUAGCUGCUAAAAAGGCAAAACUCGAUGUGUCCCCUAAGCCUAAAAGAGCUCCCAAGGCCAAGAAGGUGGAAACUGUGAACUCCGAUUCAGAUUCAGAAUUUGGCAUUCCAAAGAAAACUGCAGCACCCAAAGGAAAAGGCCGAGGGGCAAAGAAAAGGAAAGCAUCUGGUUCAGAAAAUGAAGGCGAAUACAACCCUGGGAAGAAAACACCCAAGCCCCCAGCGAGCAAGAAAUUCAAGAAAGCAACUUUUGACCAGGAUUCUGAUGUGGAAAUCUUUCAGUCAGGCUUUGCCUCCGAAACUGCCCCAAAGCCACGGACAGGCCGGGCUAGAAAAGAAGUUAAAUAUUUUGCAGAGUCUGAUGAAGAUGAUGAUUUUGAUAUGUUUAAUUAAGUGCCCAAAGAGCACACAAAUGUUUUCCAACAAAUAUCUUGUGUUGUCCUUUUGUCCCUUCUGUCGCAAACUUUUGUACAUUUGACUUAUUUUAUGUGAUAAUGUAAUUGAUGGUUUUUAUUAUUGUGUGUAGGCAUUUUAACAUUUUGUUCUUACACCUACAGUUUUAUGCUCUUUUUUACUCAUUGAAAUGUCAUGUAUUUGUCUGACUGGCUUGUAGAGAUGUUCUAGACAGCUGUGCUAAAGCACAUUUUAAUUGUCAUGGUUGCAAACAGCAAACCUGCUUUUUGAAAUGAAGUUUAAACAUUAAAAAAUGGAAAACUACC